AUGGGAGUUACCUGGUCGCAGUUUUUCCCACCCCCACCUACUCUGACUGAAGUCAAUCUCCCCAGUCAGAAUGGCAAAGUGUUCAUCGUAACUGGAGGCUCUUCAGGAGUUGGCUUCGAGCUAUGCAGAAUUCUUUAUCGAGUAGGAGGAACGGUAUAUCUUGCCGGUCGGUCUGAAGAAAAGGCAUUGGAUGCGAUUGCAAAGAUCAAACGCUUGUGUACGCCGACCUCCGCCGAGGGAAACAUAGAGGGAAACAUCAUUUUCCUCCCUCUAUCGCUACAUGACCUGACAACCAUAAAGCCUGCAGUGAAGAUAUUCACCACGGCUGAAUCUCGUCUGGAUGUCUUAUUCAACAACGCUGGUGUCUCUAACCCUCCUGGAGGGACUUCGCCCCAGGGCCACGAUCUGCAAUUGGCAACUAAUUGUCUCGGGCCACAUCUUUUCACUCAACUUCUCUUGCCAAUACUACGGCGCACGGCUGAAACUUCGUCCAUAUCUAGUGUGCGGGUUAUCUGGACAGCAUCGAUUGUUGUUGAUGCAUUCGCGCUUGAGACCGGGAUAGAGCUUGCAGAAUUAUUACAAAAAGGCGCCGACAAAUCACGCUAUUACUUCAACACCAAAGUGGGAAAUUGGUUUUUGGCACAUUCCCUCGCAAGUCAGAUUGGCACAGAUGGGAUAUUAAGCUUGGUGCAAAACCCAGGAAAUAUCAAGACAAACAUCAUGCGUCAUAGUCAAGCUUAUGUUCGUUUUAUCCUUGGGCCGCUGCUUUAUGGCCCUAGGUUUGGAGCAUAUACUGCAAUCUGGUCGGCCUUUACUGGUGAUCUGAAAAUUGAGGAUGGAGGGAAAUAUAUCCUGCCCUGGGGACGUAUACAUCCGUGUCCAAGGGAUGACUUGUUGCGAGCUAUGAAAGGAAAGGAAGAAGGGGGUACCGGGGUUGCAGCGGCGUUUAUACAAUAUUGCGACAAGCAGAUUGUGGCUUUUCUAUAG